AUGUCGGGAACUUGCAAGUGUAUCCACUCCGACUCCGGCGAGAAGUCUCCGGAAACUGUUAUCGGAGUGAACACUGUAGCGGAGGCUCAGUACGAGGAUGCUCAAACGUGGGUUUGUUGGGACAUUGAGGACUGUCCUGUUCCCAGAGGUUGCAAACCUGAGAAGAUCGCCGAGCAGAUAAGAUCGGCGCUGGCUAAAUUGAACUACGUCGGUCCAAUCUCAAUCUCUGCUUAUGGCAACAUGAAUCGCAUCCCUUCUUCCAUGAAGAAAGCUCUCUCUUCCUCCGGAGUCGUUCUCAAUCACGUCCCACCCAGUGAGUUUCGGCAAUAUAUAUUCGAUGAAAUAUUGUUCUGGCCAUGUCAGAGUCCAGCUCCGGCUAAUGUGAUGGUCAUCACCCGCGACGAAUCUCUCUCUUCCAUGCUUCGCAAGAAACAGUUGGACGGCCGAUACAACGUUCUUCUCGCGCUUCCUCGUAAUGCCUCUGAGUAUCUCGCGGCUUCUGCAAAGACCACUUGGGUUUGGAGAAGCUUAUUAUUGGACGAGCCUUAA